AGACCUACUAGAUAGCAAAGGCAUUGGAACGACAGUGUUGUUUCAUCAGGGAUUAAAAGGCAGUGGGGGUGGCACUCCUUUUAAUUAUCUCCUUCCCUCAGCGGCAGUGGAGAGGACACUGGCUUCUAACAUGCCUCGCUGCACAAACAAGCGUGUUUAGCAGAUACUAUUUUUAUGUGGACAUUUAUUUCUAAAAUAAGUCAAACAAUAACGCGUCAACAAUGAGGGCACCGCCAGAAGUCUGCGUUUUGUUCCUUUCUCUGUUGGCUCCUGGAUUUUUGUACACCAUGAACAACAUCCCUGCGCUUCAGGAACCUCUUCCUAUCCUUGGAAUGGGAAUGGUCAUCCUGGGAUUUGUUCUCCUCCUCCUCUUCAUCAUUGUGCCAAACAAGAUGAAAGUGGACCCCUUAUUCUAUGUAUUUGCACAGUUUUCCUUCACCUGCAUGGUGGGCCUGACUAAUGCUUUGGAGCAGGAUGGGUUCAUCUCUGGCUUCAUGGGUUUCUACCUAAAAAUGGGUGAGCCUCAUCUGAGUACCGCUUAUGCUGUGAUGAUGUCAUACUGGGAAGGCAUCAUCAACUUUGUCCUCUUCCUCACCAUCAUCCACCGCAUGUUCAAAGGGAAGUCCUAUCGUAGCCUGGGGCUGCUGUGGGCGGGCUCAUCGAUCGCCCAUCAAAUUGUUCACAUCCCAGGAGUGGUCAUUGGUAAAUACGGGUCUAACAUUCGACCAGCCUUUUGGAGGAAUGUCCCCUUCUUUUUGGUGCCUUUCUGGGCGGCUUCUGUGCUCUUUAGCCGACCCAGAGAGAUUCCAGUCAUCCCAGCAGACAAGAUUUCAAUGGAGCAGAAGAAAGGUCUGCUGUCUCGACCUGUUGACCUGCUUCUAUCUAUUCUGUUACUUGGAGCAAUGGCCUUCUCUGUCUUCAGAGGUUUUGUGGUGCUUGAAUGCCCUCUGGACGCCUGUUUCACCUACAUCUACCAGUACGAGCCCUACCUCAAAGACCCGGUUGGCUUUCCCAGGGUUAUGAUGCUGGUGUAUUUCUUCUAUGCUCUGCCUCUGCUGACUGUCUUCAUUUACGGUCUGAAAACACCUGGAUGCAGCUGGAUGUUGGACUGGACCAUCUUCUUUGCCGGGGCCAUGGCUCAGACCCAGUGGUGCCAUAUCGGAGCAUCUCUGCACUCCCGCACUCCCUUCACCUACCGAGUCCCAGCAGACAAAUGGUGGCCUGUUAUCACCCUAAAUGUGCUGCUGGCUGCUGUGCCGGCUCUGCUGGCCCUGCGCUGCUGCACCAACCCUGCUUAUUUUAUGAAACCUGUUCCCAAGGGACAGACCACCAAUGAGAAGAAGAAGAACUAGACCACACAGGAAUACUUCAAGCUGAGACAUGGUGCAUGUUUUCUGGGACAUCUCUUUGGCACAUAAACUGCAUUCAACACAGUUUUCAACCUACAACCCAACGGAAAUCUAAAAGCAUUACUUUCUGAGUCAACUGUUCAAAAUCUGUCACCUCACGCAGCACCAGCACUCCCUGCAUGAACUAUUGGACUCUGAUAAGGAGGCUGUUGAUGGAGGUGAGGUCAUCAGCUUUCAGGUGACUCAUGCAGUUAUCCAGUUGGUAUCUUACCAAACUAAGACUUUUAACCUGGAUCAUACAGUUUGGCAACACCGCUAGAAAGUAACAGUCAUCAUUAUGCAUCUUUCGAUCCAACUCCACAGCUUGAGGUUUACUUUUCUUAUGUAAAUUGACAGUUUGCAUUGUUAAAAAACUGAGUACAUUUAAAAGAACAAGACACACUGAAUGCUUAAAAGGGCUGAAUAACUACAAGUUGCUGAUAAGGGAGAUAAUAGCUGAUGCUUUUCAAGUGGAGGAUUAGAUCAAGGAAAAACUCCACCUGGUGCCUUUUAUAUUGUAUAAAAUAUUUGUCGAUCCAAUUCUAAAAGCCCAACGUGACAUCCUCAAAUUGUUUGUUUUGUCCGACCAACAGUAUGAAACCCAAUUAUAUUCAGUUUACAAUGAUAUUAAAUGGAGAAAAAGCAUAAAAUCCUCAAACUUAAUUGAUUAUCUAAAUAGUUAAUUCCAUCAACUAAUAGAUUAAUCGAUAUCAGCUCUAGUCUUGACUGCAUCUCAGUGUUUUUUAUGUUUAAUGUUCCACUUUAUUUUUUACAAUAAAUAUAAAUGGAUUACUGAAUUGGCUUGUUUUGUAUUAAAAUGGGAUACAGAAUACCUGAGCCAGGUAAUGGGGUCAGUGAAUGUCUCAGCUGAAGUCUAUCUGCACCUACAAAAGUUGAUCAUAGAUCUGAUGUUACAACCCGGUCAUAUUGAGCCUUAUGUCGGAUGAGCUGCUGGCUGUGUUCUGCUUUCGGCAAACUGAUAAGAGGUGAACCAUGGAUUUAGGUCAGCCACAACCACACAAAUGAUCACAUGACACGUCGGUGAGCUGUCCAUGGCCCCAGGUGUCUUGUUUCCAAAGUGUAAUUUUCAAAUGGUUUGGUUUUCGCAUGGUGGAUCAAAAAUGUUGUCGGCUGAAAUUCCCAUUUUAUAAUUAAAAGUUACACUUUUUAACACAUUUUCCCAAUAUAAUGUAGUCAUGGCAGAGGAGAAUAAUAGAAAAUUUGCUUUAAGACCAUCAUGUAGAAUAACACUGGGACAUGCAAGUGGUUUUAAUUGACUUAAACUUGACAAAAAUGAUGAAUGAAUUAAACAUUAAAUAAUAUCCAGAUUACCUGCCUGGAUUUAAGACAGGCGUUAUGAAAAUCAUGGCUAUGGCCCUAUAAAUCCAGGUUAAAUUGAAGUGAAGAACCAUAGAUAGAUUUCUGUGGUUUAACUUUCAGAUUAAAAGUUUGACAAAUUUAUUUCCAACAUGUAACAUACGUCAGAAAAAAACUAAGUAAAAUUAGCAGGCUUUAUAGAAAACUGUCAAUAAUCACAUUCUCAUAAACAACGUGAAAUAAGUUAUCAAAAAUGUAUCAGAAAACGUUCCGAUUGUGGAACAGUGGAACAAACAGUCGCGUACAAGUUGGCUACGUUGAGAAGGAAAACCAAGUUGUUUUACUACUUUAAGCUUGAUAUAAAAGUUUUAGGGCAGAUAUCAGGGCACUAUUAGUGCAAAUUGAACUAAAUCCGUUUU